ACCACAACCACUAUCGUCACCGUCAUACUCUGCGAAUACAUGGCUUUGCUGCCCAUAUCCUGUACUCACAGUUUCUGAUCACUGUCUUUAACGGAUCGCUGCAGUGGCCUGCGCUCAUUCUCAAUCUGGUCUCACCAGUUGGAUCAAGACCCCCUACCCCUCCCUCUCCCCCGAAAGGGACACACCCCUCUGCACAAUGCCCCGCGUGGCUAGUUCUAAGCACCGUCGCUCCAACGGCGGCGCAUCUACGCCUCUCAAGAACUCUCCCAUGAGGAUUCCACUCAACGACGACAUGGGAGAGAAAGCGGCGCGCAUGGAGGCGCGCCAAGCUCGACAUGACCGCCACAUGGACCAGAUAAAGGCUGCUGUCAAGACGCCUAUGCCACCCCGACGAUACACCGGAUAUGAUAUUAGUGCCAGUAUGAGUCCCGCCACCCCUAGGGGAUCAGGGUACCGAGGGCGAGAAAGUGAUGUGAGUGGACGCAGGGCCGUAACACCGAUGAAGCGCGUACCGAUCUUAGCCAAUUUCGAAGAGUGGAUGAAAAUGGCGACUGACAACAAAAUCAAUGCUAACAACUCCUGGAAUUUUGCCCUUAUUGACUACUUUCAUGAUAUGUCGCUCCUCAAAGAAGGCGAUGGUGUCAACUUUCAGAAGGCUAGUUGCACGCUCGAUGGCUGUGUCAAGAUCUACACAAGCAGAGUAGAUAGUGUGGCGACAGAGACGGGCAAACUUCUAAGUGGCUUAGCCGACAGCCGUGACAAAAGAGCUCGCGAAGCUGGAGCUGAGGGUGGCAAUGACGAUGGAGCAGAGCAUGAUGAUGAUGAUGAUGAUGAAGGCACUUCUAGGAAGUCAAGGAGAAAGGCGCAGCGAUCACAUGAAGCUACAUUAGCACCAUCGUUCUCCUCUCUGCAAUUGAAAAAAUUUGAGCUGGAGUUCUCUGUUGAUCCGUUGUUCAAGAAAGCCUCCGCCGACUUUGACGAAGGCGGGGCCAAAGGACUACUUUUAAAUCACCUAUCGAUCGAUGGUCAGGGACGUAUAGUCUUUGAUAGCAGCGAUGAUGCGGCCGCGGCAGCUGAAGCGAACUCGAAGGAGAUGGACAAUCAAGGAUCCGGGUUUGAAGAACUUGAAACACUGCAGUCACCGUCUUCAACCAAAAAAUCAGCAGACAACAUGUUUGAGGACAAUAUGGAAAUAGACAUGACACCCUUGGCGAGCCGCUUUUUUCCCAGCUUGGACCUCCUCGACAAUCAAGACAUUUGCCCCUCCCUGAAGAAUUUCGACCUCGGCGACCCAAGCGGUUCUUUAGAUAUUCCCUUCCUGAAGGCCCUCGAUGACUGGCGACAUGACAGAGCUCAAGAAGACGCAAACGCUGUAAAUGAUGCAUCUGGCAUCAUGCUGGACGAUGACAACGCAGUCGGCUUCGAUGACGAUGACGAUGCAACAUUGGCUGGCUUCGAUCUGGGCGGAGCUGCUGGCUUCGGUGAGGGGGGUGAGGCCUGGGCCCGUGAAGCUGCUUUGGAGCCCAUGCUGAAAGUUCAUCGUAUUGAUCGCGAGGGCGAGGAGAAUGCAGACGGCGAUGACAUGGACCGUGAUGACGACGAUGCCUAUGCUAUUUCUCUAACCCAUCAACCGGACAACAGGGACCAUGAGAAUAUUCUCAGCUACUUUGACAACGCACUACAGAAGAAUUGGGCGGGGCCAGAGCAUUGGAAAAUACGCCGGAUCAAGGAGCAUGCCGCUGCAAGCAAUGCCAACGUUGCGCCCAAGCAACGUAGAGAGAAGGAACCGUUUGAGAUUGAUUUCUCUACACCGCUGGACUCUACUAUUGGGGAACUGAUCUAUACUCCUGCGAGUUCAAACACUACAAUAUCACAACCCAAAUCCCAAUGGAAAACAAAGGGUCGGAACCUUCUUCCGGACGACAAGCACUUCAAUUCACAACAGCUGCUUCGUCUCUUCCUCAAACCAAAAGCCAGAAUGGGUUCCAAAAAGCUCGGCGGGUCAAAGCGUUUCAGCGAUAGGCUAGAUGAUCAAAGUCAGGGCAAUCGAGAAAUGGACGAGGCAUUUUGGGCAACCCACAAACCGCAGGAUGCUGCGACUUCUGAUGAGGGAGCUCGAGGGGCAUAUGACGCGAAUUUCUUUGCAGAUGAUGAUGGCCUUGCAUUCCCGAACGGUUUUGACGACGAUGACGACGAGAACCUCCCAUUCGCUGACGCUAGAGAGAUGCUGUCCCCGCCCGCGGAUGUUGCUCCAGGUGCAUCUCUCGGAGAAGCCGCAGGUACAUCAGGCCUACCUGCGCUCCUUAACAUGAUGGGAUCAGCCCCUGGAUCCACGUUAACAGUUGGUGCCGGAGGAUUCGGUUCUCAAUUGGUUACUCAAGGCGGUCGUCGGGCGCGUCCUGAGUAUGUCGCCUAUGCUAGAGUGGCUAAAAAGGUUGAUGUGCGUCGAUUGAAGCAAGAAAUGUGGAGGGAAAUGGGGGAGCGGCUGAUAGCAUCCUCCCAAUUUGAUACACCUCAUGAGGCAGAUACUGCCCCCAAUGCAAGCCAGGGAACCUUGCUCCAGAAUCCUGAGAUCGCGACGCAGUCGGCUCCGACCUCUACAGUCAUAGAUAAGACACAAAAGGAUGAUUUUCCGGAUGGUACACUUCGAUUCACUCAUAUUAUGAACUCGCUAAAAACAGUCUACGCCCCAGAGAAGUUACGCGACAUAAGCACGUCGUUCGGUUUCAUCUGCCUGCUCCACUUGGCCAAUGAACAAGGAUUGGUUCUACAAAAUGAUGAUAGCCCUUGUGACUUCAGUGCUGGGAAGCUAGAAGAAAUCUUUGUUACCAAAGAUGCAAAUGCAAUUCUUGACGAGGGAGAGGCAUGAGUGGACUUUCGCAAUUGAUGAUACUACCACGUGCACAAUAUUGAUUACGACAUGAGAUGUGCCGAUGAGUAAAUGACAUGCCUGGGUCUUGUGGUCAUAGGCGUUUAGGAUCGGGGGGCUCUUACAUUGGUAAAAGCCAGUGUGGCUUAUUGGGUCUUUGUUACAAUAUUCGACAGAAGAUCCAACCUGUAUCUUCCAUUUGUGUUUAUCGACUACGCUGUUUCUCUUACCCCGCUCACAUGUCAAAUAUUUCUGGAACUCCGCGAAAUUUGAACAAAAC